GUCCUGUAGUAUAAGAGCGCCGCGGCGGCCGUGGCGGGCUCAGUGUGCGCGGCUGCCUCUCGCGCGAUGACGAUGACGUCGACGCGCCCCGGGACCGGCCUCGCGGUGCUCUGCCCGCUGCUGCUGCUCGCCUCUGCGGCGGCUGCCGCUUUUCCGCGCUACCUCGCAGAGGGCGAGCCGUGCUGGGAGUCGGGAGCGGAGGGCCGCUGCCUGCGGGUUCGAGCCUGCCCGGCGGCGCGCGAGGCGCUGGCGCAGCGCCGGCCGCUGCCGCGCCGCUGCGGGUUCGCCGGCUACGAGGAGGUGGUGUGCUGCGUGCAGGAGCAGCGGGAGCCCCCAACCCCCGACGUCGUCGCGCCCGACUACUUCCCCAGCAGGGACACCGAUGGCGGCGGCGACAGCAACAACAUCGUCGACGACGGCUGGGCGAGGCCCGCGGCCGACCGGCCCAGCGUCGCAGCCUGCAAGUCCUACAGGAGUCAACGCGAUGGUCUGACGUACCACAUCCUCUACGGCGAGAAAGCUCGACAGGCGGAGUUUCCACAUAUGGCGGCCCUGGGCUACAGCGUGGCGGGCACGGAGGGCCUCAGCUGGCUGUGCGGAGGGACCCUCAUCAGCGACCAGUUCGUCCUCACCGCGGCCCACUGCUGCGCCAACAGGGUCAUGAGGAGACCCCUGAGGGUGCAGAUCGGGACGCUGGAGAUCCCCCCCACGGAGGGCAGUGACUCCAUGUACGGAGUGGAGGACGUGAUCGUCCACCCGGGCUACAAGCGGCCCUACUACGCCAACGACAUCGCGCUGCUGAGGCUGGACCGGCGGGUGCAGUUCUCCGACUCGGUGUUCCCCGCCUGCCUGCACACGGAGGGCGGCGACCCGCCCACUCUCACCGCCACCGGCUGGGGCGCGACCGCGGCCAGCGGAACGAGGAUGAGCCCGCUGCUGCUGAAAACAACGAUUUCCCCGUUCCCGCUGUCGCACUGCCAGAGGACUUACGAGAACAAGUUCCCCAACGGGCUGGACUCGUCGGUGAUCUGCGCCGGCGACCCGCAGGGGAAGGCGGACACCUGCGUCGGUGAUUCCGGAGGCCCUCUUCAAGUCGUCGGAGAACGUGCUCCGUGUUCAGUUGUCGGGGUUACUAGCGUAGGGCCGAAACCGUGCGGCGGUUCCAUACCCAGUGUGUACACGCGAGUCUCCAGCUACCUAGACUGGAUUGAGAAACACGUGUGGCCAUAAGACAUUAUUCACAAACUAAACUGCUUAUGGGAGUCGUAGCAUGUGAACUUCGUCUUCCAGUACAUACCUUCAUACACUGUAUUCCAGUUGGUUCAAUGGCCAGUAAAGCGUACUCUCCGGCUGUCAAACUGUGAUAACCUAACUGUUUAGUGUAAGAAUGUUCUCAUACUAUUUAUUAGUUGUGAAAAGUGUCAGAGUUCAGUAUUGCACAUUGUAAUCAUUGCUUCAAAGACGCAUCGAAAUGAGAAAAAUUUAUGUCCCAUAGGCAUAUAUAUCUCAUAUAUUUCGCAUGUACUAUAACGAGACUUCAAAUUUAUCCAAGUCUAGUUCCUUACUUCCUGUUUUUAAAAUGACUUCUGCAUAUUGCAAAUAAGACAGCCAACAAAAUAAUUCACAUCAGUCACGGUUGGUAUUAUUCCUAAUAUCAUCUCAGCAUACAUCAAACUUCGACUGACUGGACCACUCACACAACACGACGAAUCUAUAGAACUCUUAUGUACUGUAUUCACAACAAUUCAACUCAUUAUUGUUAUUCAUUUUCAUAAAAUGAUAGUUGUUUAUUAUGUAAAUACUACAUAACUAUAGUAAUGUACGUACUAAAAGUUAGAGAAGUAAAGAAAAAAUUAUGACUUUUCCUUCACUUUUAAUGGUCCUGUUUAACAGGGCCUAGCAUGUCCGAAAACAGAAUUUCUCUGACGUAAGAUGUUCCUGAGGAGAAAUGUUGCGGUUUUAAGUUACUCUUGUAUAUUUAUGUACAUAGAAUUUUGGAUUCAGUAUUUUAUUAAUGUAAUCGACUUAUAGCAUUUUGUCGAUUUCACAUGAGUUUUAAUAACAAUAUUUUAUUAAAUCCAGUG